GCGAGGCCGUGAUAAACACACGAGCGGGUAUAUAUAUUGUGUGGAGGGAUGUUGACCCAAAAAGAGAAAGCGUGCAGAAGAGAGAGAGAGAGAAAGAGGGAAAGAGAAAGAAAGAGAGAGAGAAAGAGAGAGAGACAUUAGCUAACCAUGAGAAGAGCGCACUCUCGCAUUGCCGGGCUGCUCCAGCAGCAGGAGCUCGCGGCGCUGCAGCACAGCAAGCCCACCUCCUCAGCCUGCGUGCUCGAGGCCAAGGAUGCUCCGGCUCCUGCUGCGGCGCGCGGCUGCCCCCACCACCCCCACAGCCUGCACUCUAUCCCCGGACCCACCAACUGGCCACUGCUGGGCAGCCUCUUCGAUCUCGUGCGCAGAGGGGGCCUGAAGAGGCAGCACGAGGCUCUGAUCGACUACCACAAGAAAUUCGGUAAAAUCUUCCGGAUGAAGCUCGGCUCCUUCGAGUCGGUCCACAUCGGCGCGCCGUGCUUACUGGAGGCGCUGUAUCGGAAGGAGGGCAGCUACCCUCAGAGACUGGAGAUCAAACCCUGGAAAGCCUACAGAGACCUGCGGGACGAGGCUUACGGACUCCUCAUCCUGGAAGGGAAGGACUGGCAGAGAGUGAGGAGCGCGUUUCAGCAGAAGCUCAUGAAGCCCAGCGAGGUGGUGAAACUGGACGGGAAGAUUAACGAGGUUCUAGCAGACUUCAUUGACAGAGUUGGAACAGUCAAUGUCAACGGGAAGAUUAACGACUUGUACUUUGAGCUAAACAAGUGGUCGUUUGAAACCAUCUGUUUUGUGCUCUAUGAUAAACGGUUUGGCCUUCUGCAAGAAAAGGUGGAUGAGGAGGCCAUGGACUUCAUCAAUGCCAUUAAAACGAUGAUGAGUACAUUUGGCACGAUGAUGGUGACGCCCGUGGAACUGCACAAGAGCCUGAACACAAGGACAUGGCAGGAACACACAGCUGCGUGGGACCGUAUUUUUAGCACAGCCAAACUCUACAUUGACAAAAAGCUGAAGAGACACUCGAGCGGCCCAUCCGACGACUUCCUCUGCGACAUCUACCACAACAGCCCCCUCACCAAGAAGGAGCUUUACGCCGCGACCACCGAGCUCCAGAUCGGGGGGGUGGAGACAACCGCUAACAGCACACUGUGGGCUAUUUUCAACCUCUCGCGGAACCCCCGCGCCCAGGACAAGCUGCUGAAGGAGAUCACGGAGGUGGUGCCCGCUGGAGAGACACCAAGUGCUGAGCACAUCAAGAACAUGCCGUAUCUCAAAGCUUGUCUGAAAGAAUCCAUGAGACUCACGCCCUCUGUGCCCUUCACGAGCCGGACUCUGGACAAAGACACCGUGCUGGGAGAUUACACCUUACCUAAAGGAACAGUGCUGAUGAUUAACAGUCAGGCGCUGGGUGCCAACGAGGAAUACUUUGAUAAUGUGAAGCAGUUCAGACCUGAGCGUUGGCUCCAGGACAAAAACUCCAUCAACCCCUUCGCCUACGUUCCUUUUGGCAUCGGCAAGAGGAUGUGCAUCGGCCGGCGUCUGGCAGAGCUGCAGAUGCAGCUGGCUCUGUGCUGGUUAAUUCGAGAUUAUGAGAUAGUGGCGACGGAUGACGAGCCGGUUAAAUCCGUGCAUUCGGGAACGCUGGUGCCGAGCCGAGAACUUCCAGUGGCGUUCAUCCGCCGGUGAGGACUCGUUCUCCCACCCCAGUCUCUGGAAACAGAUACCGAAACUCCACAGCCUCCACAGGAUUUUGAAGCAUGAAGGCUUCAUUUAUGCUGCUGUCAAACUCUACUAAUGUGAUCCCUUUAGAUAUACCUCAGACCACGAUUUUAUAGUUUACAUAGUUUAUCGUUACUAAUAUAGACAUAGAUGUACAUAUAUUCCAUGUUAUAUUGUAAAUUUGUAAUAAUCAGUAUGUAUUUAUCAGUUUAGCUGACCAAACUGACAGAUAAAUAACGAUCAAAUCUCAUAAUGCUAUCUACUACACUACCUAUUAAAUACACAAAUACAUAUAUACUUAUUUUUUUAGCCUUAAAUUUAAAAAACACUUUAUUAUCCACAUACUGAAUGUUUUUUUCUUCAAUGAAUGAUGACAGAAAUGUUUAUGAAAUGUAUAUAAGUGUAAUAUACUACAGAAGCUAACACUAUUUAUAUAU